AUGGCUUCUGAUUUUUGUAGUUUGAAGGGCGACGUAGCUAAAGCCGGUACAUUGAGUGAAAAAAAGAAAAGAGGCUCGAUAUUCUUUCGAGUCAAAAAAAAAACCCAAAGUCAUCUUUUCCUCACAGAGUCUGCCCGGCGCUCGAACACCACACAAAUGAUAGCGAAGAUCCAAGACGGGACUCCGCCGUUCAAGUGCUUGAAACAUCGUCGGAACCGAAAGCUUGAAGUCCAAAUGCCAGGAUGGAAGCUACCUCAGCGAGAAAUAACGAGCAACCGGAUCAACGUCGUUCUUGAACAUGACGAAGAGAGCCGACAAGAAGAAGAUCUAUGGGAUAUGAUGCACACUCAGCAACGCUUCUUCACAGUGGUAACAUCAUUGCAUGCCGAUGAUGUUGGUUCGGGAAGGCGGGGUGACGUCCGAAAUAUUCGCAAGCGGGAAUUUGCCGUUGCAGGCUCAUUCUCGUCUUCGCGCCUGACUAUCACCCUCUACCACCCAUAUCUAAAGCCUGACAACGUCAAAGUUACAGGAUUUUCUCAGAAGAUUGCAGCGCACAUGCUAUUCAAAACUUGGAGUCAUAAAGCAAAGCUCACGCUCACAAAGAAGGGAACUGUUAUAGGAUCCUUCUUCGUUGCUAAUAGUGCUAUACUAUAUCUGCUGACAGUUCUUCAUGAGCUUCGCGAUUUGAAUGCAGAUCUACAAGGUUGGUCGGUCAAUGAACUCCGAGUCCUGUGA